AUGGCGUUCUGUGAGAAGCCUCUGAUGAUUUACUUCAAAAAAUACAUUUUAAUUUGUAGUUUUUCUUGCCUUGCAUAUAUCAUUUUGAAAUGGACAUUGCCAAGAUUUUGAGGAUCACUAGUAGGAGAUAAAUCGAAGCAGAAAUUAGCAUGCAAUCAAAUCAUUGAUUUUGACAAGAAUUUUAUCUCAUUCAUUAUUAAUUUAAUUAUACCUUAUUUAUUAAUUAAUUUAUGUAUCUGCUUAAAAAUCUUCUUCUUAAGCUAUUCCUAA